AUGGUGCACAUCCCCAUCAAACAGUACCUGCAGCAGGUUUGUGAAGGCAUUAACAUGAGAGAUGGAGUGUCUUGUCCAGAAUUUGUGUCUUUUAAGCACCCUCAUGUUGCAAACCUAUGGUCGCAAAUGGCCUCUCCAGAAGAGAAGUGUCAGCAAGUUUUGGAACCCCUUUAUGAUAAAAUGUUUGCAGCUCAUUUAAGGUACACUUACACGGUGGGAAACCAUGACUUCACAGAGGCCUCCAAGUGCUAGACUGUGAUACUCCAAUCAUUCCUAAGGGCGUUCCAGACCCACAAAGAAGAAAAUUGGGCUCUGCCUGUCAUGUAUGCGGUAGCACUUGACCUUCAGGUAUUUGCCAACAAUGCAGAUCAACAGCUGAUAAAGAAAGGAAAGAGCAAAGUUGGGGACAUGUUGGAGAAAGCAGCUGAAUUGCUGAUGAGCUGCUUCCAUGUGUGUGCCAGCGACACAUGCGCUGGUAUAGAGGACUCUAAGAAGCAGAGGAUGCUGUUUCUGGUGAAUCAGUUAUUUAAAAUUUACUUUAAGAUCAACAAACUCCAUUUGUGUCAACCCCUAAUUAGAGCAAUUGACAGAGCAGAUCUGAAGGACAAUUACAGCGCUGCUCAGAGGGUCACAUAUAAAUACUAUGUUGGAUGCGAGGCUAUGUUUGACAGUGACUUUAAGCAAGCCGAGGAGUUGUCCUUUGCCUUCGAACGCUGUCACCGCUCAAGUCAGAAGAACAAAAGGAUGAUCCUGAUAUAUUUGCUUCCAGCGAAAAUGCUAUUGGGUCAUAUGCCAACCAUCAAGCUUUUGAAAAAGUAUCAUCUCAUGCAGUUUGCUGAAGUAACCAGAGCUGUAAGCAAAGGCAAUCUGCUCCUGCUGAGCAAGGCUCUAGCCAAGCAUGAGACCUUCUUGAUCCACUGUGGUACUUUCCUCAUCCUCAAGAAGUUGAAGAUCAUCACCUAUAGGAAUCUCUUUAAGAAAGUGUAUUUGUUACUCAGAACACAUCAGCUUUCUCUGGAUGCUUUUCUAGUUGCUCCGAAGUUCAUGCAGGUGGAAGACGUGGACAUUGAUGAAGUCCAGUCUAUUCUGGUUAACUUGAUGUACAUGGGUCACAUUAAAGACUACAUAUUGCAUCAGCACCAGAAGCUAGUUGUCAGCAAGCAAAACCCAUUCCCUCCACUGUCCAUAGUGUGUUGA